AUGGAGCUUUCUCUUACACUUACACCAAACCCUUCUUCAUCUUCACUUGUUCACUUCUCUAACAAGCUAUGUGAGUUUCAUCAAAGGAAGAAAAGGGUUUCUUUCUUUGAUGCUUCGAGAGUAGUUUCGCUUCGGUGUGUUAAAGCUUCUGCUGAGCGAACCGGUGAGGCUAUUGAUGACAGAGGAGAGACUCGAACCGGGUUCACUGCACCGGCUGCUAUGGAGGUCACCACAUUCAACCAAGGUUUCAAUGAUGCCGCCGCUGCUGAUUUUCCUGUUUGGGAAAAAAUUGGUGCUGUUGUGAGACUCAGCUAUGGCAUCGGGAUUUACGGCGCGAUGGCUGUUGCGGGAGUUUUAUAUGUUCUAUUACCGGAAUAG